AUGGCUACUAACAUCACUUGGCACGAAAACUUGACCCACGCCGAGAGAAAGGGUUUGACCAAGCAGAGCGGUUUGACCAUCUGGUUGACCGGUCUUUCUGCCUCCGGCAAGUCUACCGUAGCCUGUGCAUUGGAGCAAUUUUUGUUGCAGCACGGCAUCAAUGCCUACAGGUUGGACGGUGAUAACGUCAGAUUCGGCUUGAACAACGACUUGGGCUUUUCCGAGGCAGACCGUAACGAGAACAUCAGAAGAAUCGCGGAGGUGUCCAAAUUGUUUGCCGACUCCACCACCAUUGCCAUCACCUCCUUCAUCUCCCCAUACAUUGCUGACCGUGAAAAGGCUAGAGUUUUGCACGAAAAGGCUGGUUUACCGUUCGUGGAAGUCUACGUCGACGUCCCAAUCGAGGUUGCUGAGCAGAGAGAUCCAAAGGGCUUGUACAAGAAGGCCAGAGAGGGUAUUAUCAAGGAGUUCACCGGUAUUUCUGCGCCGUACGAAGCCCCAAAGAAACCAGAAAUCCACUUGAAGAACUACGAGUCCACCGUGGAGGAAUCUGCCCAGCAGAUCAUUGCCUACUUGGUCGAAAAGAAGUACAUUACGUUGUAAGGUUAAAAUUAUUUAAAGGAACCGCCCUGUGAGGUGAGAACAUAGAAUAAAUACAUGCUAUAUUGAUGGUGGAGCUAGAUUGGAUGACAAACCGUUUGGGAGGUUGUUUUUUUUGGAAGGGAGCUAUAGCAUUGAGUUAAUGAGUAUUUACACGUUGGGUUUAUUUAGGAUACACCGAGGGUCGUUAAAGACAAGACAGCAGAUGUAAAAAUAAUGGUAAUGGUGAUAUGUCCUUAUAAACACGGAUAUUUAUCCUUCCAUCUGUUGUAGCGCCAG